AUGAAAAUUAUAAUUCUUCUUGGAUUCCUGGGAGCCACAUUGUCAGCCCCACUUAUUCCACAACGCCUUAUGUCUGCAAGCAACAGCAAUGAGUUACUUCUGAAUCUUAAUAAUGCUCGGCUUUUGCCACUACAGCUUCAGGACGCAUUUAAUUCAUGGAUUCCUCCUUUCUCUCGGAUUGUACAACAGCAGCAGCGGGCUCAAACUCCUGGACUCUCCCAGUUCUCUUUGUCAACUGUAGACCAGUUUGCCCGAUUGCUCCCAAAUUAUAUACCUUUCCCAGGACAGGUCAGUUUUGCCCAAGGAGCCCAGGCAGGCCAACUGGACCCUUCACAGCCUCAAUCACCACUGCAGACACAACAGGGCCCUAAUCAUGUGAUGCCUUAUGUCAAAAUGCCUCAAGAGCAAACACAGAUGCCUCAAUACUACCCAGUUUACAUGGUCCUACCCUUGGAACAACUUCAACAAACAGUCACAUGGUCACCUCAACAAACAGGGCAGCAGCAAUUUGAGGAGCAGAUACCCUUCUAUAUUCAGUAUUGAUGCAUUUCACAACAAGCACAGCCUCUUACACCAGGAGGACAGCAGCAACUUGCUUUUUAUCCUCUCUUAGGCACAGCUCCUGAAACCGCUGUGAUGCCAGCAGGAGGAGUGAUACCAUAUUUGCAAAAGGAAGUAAUAAACUUUAGGCAUGACAGUGCAGGAGUUUCCAUGCCUUCAACUUCACCAAAACCCAGCACAACCAAUUUUUUCACUACUGCUAUAGACCCAACUAUUACCCCAGAGCUCCCAGAAAAGAAGCUGAAGAACCUAAUUAUCCGAGGAACACUGAGGAUGUGUGGCAGGAAGAAGUCUGAUCUACUCAAAGCUACUCGCAAAGGGUGUCUUAAGAUGAUGGCUUUGAUGCAGCUGAAACCAUCAUUUAUGAAAAUAUUUCUGAAUAAGAUGAAAGUUCUUCUUCUGAUUACAGCCAUCUUGGCAAUAACUGUUGGUUUCCCGGUCAGUGAAAGCGAUGAAUCGUCUGCAGAGAUUUAUGUGCCCCCCUACCGAUAUCCAUUUGGCCGAUAUCCACCACCAUUCCGAAGAUAUCCAUGGAUUAGAAUUUUUUUUCCUGAUUUAAUACCUUUGUCUGACUCUGCAGCUACCCCUCCUAGUGGAAAGUAA